AUGGAUAUGCAACUAAAAUCGAUGAAAAAAUCAAGAAGGAUGCAUAAAAUGUAUGCAUCAAAAAUUAUAGAAGAAACGAAUAUCUUAUUAGAUAAGGAACUUGAGUCUAGCGAAAAUCGUGAAGGUGUGGAAACUGACUUAAAUACGAACUUGGAGCUGUUGAACAUAAAAAUGAAAGUUAUAGAAAAUUUUAACGAUAAAAUAAGUGAGUUGUUGGAAGAUGAUGAUGAGAUUUGCACGGAUAUGAACGAAUCUGGAGACUUUCAAAGGUACAUUUUAAAAACCACUAUACGCAUCGAAAAGUAUCUUAAACAAAAUCUUAAUGAAUCUUCAUUCCAUAUUGAGAAACCAGCUUCCAAACCUAAAUAUUCAAUCUCUGCCAAACUGCCCAAGCUGACACCUCCCAAGUAUAGUGGCGAUCCAAUGACCUUUCAAUCAUUUUGGGACAGUUUUGAUAGUGCUAUCCAUUCAAACCAAGUAUUAAAUGACAUUUCUAAAUUCAAUUACCUUAAAAGUCUCUUAGAAGGAAAUGCGAGUCUUUCAAUCCAAGGUUUAGCCAUAACAGGUGAAAAUUAUAGAACUGCAAUUAAAAUUCUUAAAGAAAGAUUUGGAGACGAACAAGUGAUAAUAAGCGCUCACAUGGAUGCUCUUCUCAACAUUCAACCUACUCAAAGUAAUAAAGUCUCUGAAAUCCGAACAAUCUUCGACUUAGUCGAAAUUCAUACUAAAAACUUAGAACUCUUAAAUGUUAACUCAGAGGAUUUUGGUCCAGUACUUGUAUCAGUAAUAAUGAGUAAAUUGCCUAAAGACUUUAAACUCGACAUUACACGAAAGAUGCCUCAAGGAAAGUGGAAAAUAAUAGACCUUAUGAACUGCUUCAGAGAGGAACUUAUAGCGUUGUAUAUCUAUGGAAAAGGGAAUGAGUAA